UUUUUUCCUGAUACGAUGAACGCAGUCAAAUCUUUUUUAAUCUUUUCUACUUUUGUUUUAGCGUCGAGUUUCAUUGCAAGUGUCGCUGAAGCUCGUGAUCCUUUCAACGCCUUGAUGUCUCGGAAUUUUGCAGGUCGAAAGGUCCCCGAUUUCUUCGAUAUUGGAUUAUAUCUCGGUGCCAUCAAAGGGUCAGGUCCUAGCGGUCCUGGUGAGGGACACGGGUUCGUUGAUGGUCGGACCCUCGGAGGCAUUAAGAACUCUGGUCCAAGCCCUGGUGGUGAGGGACACAAGUUCACAGAUAGUCAAACCCUGGGUGGCAUUAAGAACUCGGGUCCGAGCCCUGGCGAGGGACAUAGCUCGACCCUUGGCGGCAUUAAGAAUUCAGGUUCGAGCCUAGGGAACGGGGUGACUGUUAGCAUCAAUCUAGGAAGCAUAAAGGAUUCUGGUCCGAGUCCUGUGUGGGAAACAAGUUCCCUGAUAGUCGAACUCAUGGGGCCAUCAAGGACUCCGGUCCAAACCCUGGUGUGGGAAAUUGACUCUGGUGUGAGCCAUGUUUCGGGCUGGAAGAAGCCUUGUUCAUUGAGAGUAGAACACUAGGUGAUAACGAUGUUU